CCGCCAUGACAGACACGCCCCUUCUGUUCAACGAACUACCACCGCUUCAUACAUCUGUUGUUAGCGGCGCGGACAAUUUCAUUUUGGGCAACUUGUCAAAAGCGCACAUCUUUCCACAGCCGUCUUCAUGCGCCUGUAAGGUUUGCGGGAGGGAACCUCUAUCGCUGGUGGAGCAGCGUUGUUGCUGGAGGCAGCCCGGCGAGCCCCUUUGAGUAUGUUUAAACAAUGAAGAGGCAUGUGGAGGAACAGGAACCAAUAUUUGCCCCCCAGCAACAGCACUGCACCCCAGUCCAGGGCUUAGCAGAAAGCUUCCAGCACAGGGCUCUUGCCCCAACUACUACUGUGAUAGAGGCAUCCACAGACAAUAUGCAGCCAUCAUCUGGCAUCCAGUAUUCUCUUCCCCAGGGUUUCCAGGUGCCAACAAUGCCUCAGAGCACAAGUGCACAUGGACUUAACAGUUCUGCACAACAUGUUGGAGCCCAUGCACACAACAUAGCAGUCCAAUCCCAGGCCCCUGCAGUGGUCCAAAGUCAUGUGCAUCCAACUGCUCCCAUGACUUCCGCACAAGGACAGCAACAGUUUCAGCGACUGAAGGUUGAAGAUGCCUUGUCGUAUCUCGAUCAAGUGAAGCUGCAGUUUGGAAAUCAGCCUCAAGUUUAUAAUGAUUUCUUGGAUAUUAUGAAAGAAUUCAAGUCACAGAGCAUAGACACUCCUGGUGUUAUCAGUCGUGUCUCCCAACUCUUCAAGGGCCACCCAGACCUCAUUAUGGGCUUCAAUACUUUCUUGCCACCUGGAUAUAAAAUAGAGGUUCAAACUAACGAUCUGGUCAAUGUGACCACACCGAGCCAGAUUCACUACAUCACGCCUCAUGGUAUAUCUGUUCAAAACAUCCCAGUAAUUGGAGCACCCACCCAGCCUGUAAACCAGCAUCAGCACCAGGCUGUGCCACAGGCCAGCCUACACACUGCUACUGUCACCCCACCUGUCCCCAUCCAGCCUUCAGCAAAUAAAGUCACCAAGGCCAUGCAGUCUCCAGCCCACACGCCCACCAGCCAGCCAAACCCAUCCAUCCCAUCUUACGCCUCACCGCGCUCACCUUCAGUUCAGUCUCACACACCGGUGAGCAGCACACCGUCUGGUGGGCCACCUCCCCAGAACAAUCAGCCUGUGGAAUUCAACCACGCAAUAAACUACGUGAACAAGAUCAAAAAUCGCUUCCAGGGUCAGCCAGACAUCUACAAAGCCUUUCUGGAAAUCCUGCAUACAUACCAGAAAGAACAGCGGAAUGCCAAAGAGGCAGGGGGCAAUUACACUCCAGCUCUGACUGAGCAGGAAGUCUACACUCAAGUGGCACGACUCUUUAAGAACCAGGAAGACCUGCUGUCAGAAUUUGGACAGUUCCUGCCUGACGCAAACAGCUCCAUGUUACUUGGGAAAACUGCACCUGACAGGGCAGAGUCUGUGCGUAACGAUCAUGGCGGGACAGUGAAAAGACCCUUACUGAACAAUAAACAGAAAUUAAGCCACAAUGGGCUGACUGUCAAAAGACCAGGAGUUGUGGGAGUUUCACCCGUUCUCAAGAAGAAACCCAAAAUAGUCGGGAAGGACCAUGGCUUAAGCGAAGUUGGAAAACACAGCAACAGUACUGAAACCAUGUUCUUUGAGAAGGUCAAGAAAGCACUCGGGAGUUCUGAGGCGUAUGAAAGCUUUCUGCGGUGUUUACACAUCUUCAACCAGGAGGUGAUUUCACGUGCUGAAUUGGUUCAGUUAGUCAUCCCAUUUCUUGGAAAAUUCCCAGAACUGUUUACAUGGUUUAAAAACUUCCUGGGCUACCGGGAGUCCAGGCAUGGUGAGUCCAGCCAUGUGGAGAGUUUACCCAAGGAGCGGGCAACGGAGGGCAUCGCCAUGGAGAUUGACUAUGCGUCCUGUAAGAGGCUAGGCUCAAGCUACAGAGCACUCCCCAAGAGCUACCAGCAGCCUAAGUGCACCGGAAGGACGCCAUUAUGUAGAGAAGUUCUGAAUGACACAUGGGUGUCAUUUCCAUCGUGGUCUGAAGAUUCGACUUUUGUAAGCUCCAAGAAGACUCAGUAUGAAGAGCACAUUUACAGAUGUGAGGAUGAGCGUUUUGAGCUUGACGUUGUCUUGGAGAACAAUCUUGCCACAAUUCGAGCCCUCGAAUCAGUCCAACAGAGGCUUUCACGAAUGUCUGCGGAGGAGCAGCUGCGCUUCAAGCUGGACAACACAUUGGGGGGCUCCUCAGAGGUCAUUCACCGCAAAGCUAUUCAGAGGAUAUACGGGGACCGAGCCCUUGACAUCAUUGACGGUCUUAAGAAGAACCCAACUGUGUGUGUGCCCAUAGUGCUAAAAAGGUUAAAGAUCAAAGAGGAAGAGUGGAGAGAAGCCCAGAGAGCCUUCAACAAAAUUUGGCGGGAGCAGAAUGAAAAGUAUUAUCUGAAGUCACUCGACCACCAAGGCAUCAACUUCAAACAGAACGACACCAAAGUGUUUCGCUCAAAGACCCUGCUCACUGAAAUUGAAAUGCUGUAUGAUGAGCGGCAGGAGCGUGCCUCAGAGGAACCUGCCAUCCCCCCUCCUAGCGGCCCGCACCUGAACCUGGCCUACGAAGAUGGUCAGAUCCUAGAAGAUGCUGCGGCCCUCAUUAUUCACCAUGUCAAGAGACAAGUGGGGAUCCAGAAAGAUGACAAGUACAAGAUCAAACAGAUCAUACACCACUUCAUCCCCGAUCUCCUUUUCGCCCGGCGAGGUGAGCUCUCUGAUGUGGAGGUGGAUGAGGAUGAGGAGGACGCGGAGGAUGUGGACACAGAUCAAGACGGAGCCAAAAAACACAAUGGCCUGCCAGGCAGCAACCCGUCAAAGUCCAAGCUCCUCUUCAGCAACACGGCAGCACAGAAGCUGUGCGCCACAGAUGAGGCGUAUAACAUGUUCUUUGUGAACAACUACUGGUACAUAUUCUUGCGCCUUCAUCACAUCCUCUGCUCCCGUUUACUGCGACUCUAUGGGCAGGCUGAGAAGCAGAUUGAGGAGGAUGCUCGCGAGAGACAAUGGGAAAAAGAAAUGUUUGGGCUCCAAAAAGAAAGGAAUGAAAAUCCAGCCUUCCAACUUAAAAUGAGGGAGCCAAUGGAUGUUGAAGUAGAGGAUUACUAUUCCGUCUUUCUGGAAAUGGUGCGGAACCUUUUGGAUGGUAACAUGGAACCAGCUCAGUAUGAGGAUUCCUUGAGGGAAAUGUUUACUAUCCAUGCCUACAUUGCCUUCACCAUGGACAAGCUCAUCCAGAGCAUUGUCCGGCAGCUCCAACACCUCGUCACUGAUGAUGCGUGUGCCCGUGUGAUGGACUUGUACCUGAGCGAAAUUGCCAAUAAAGCCACAGGCGGUUCCCUGCCCACUCAGGCGUCCCGCGCCUCAGCAGAGGGCACCUACCAGCGCAAAUCAGAGCAGCUCAUGUCUGAUGAGAACUGCUUUAAGUUGAUGUUUUUGAAGAACAAAGACUCUGUUUGUGUCGCCAUGGAGCUCCUGGACACCGAAGAAGAUAACUCUGACGAGCCUGCAGAGAGGUGGUCGGACUAUGUGGGCAGAUACCUGAACUCCGAUUCGACUUCUGCAGAUCUGCGUGAGCAUUUGGCCCAGAAACCAGUGUUCCUGCCCAGGAACCUGAGACGAAUAAGGAAGUGCCAGAGAGGAUGGGAACAGCUACAACAGGAGAGGAUGACCACAGGCCCCUCGGACGAGUUGCAAGACGACAAGAAAAAACAGAAAAUAGAGUGCAUGUUCAAGCUCAACUCCUACAAGAUGGUCUAUGUCUGCAAGUCAGAGGACUUCAUGUACAGGCACACUGCACUUACACGUGCUCAUCAGUCCCUCAAGCGGGUCCACAGACGCCUGCACAGAUGCUUUCAGGCCCGGUUGGACACCUGGGCCAAGGAGAAUGUGACAAGUGACAUGGCCGCCGACAGCCGCAGAUGGCUGAUGGGAGAUGGACAAGAAGGCUUGGUGCCAUGUACUACAACGUGCAAUCCAGAGGUCCUGCACUAUCUCACUGUUAACAAGUACCGGGUCAAGUACAGAACACAGUAGCCAAUGAUCCUGUCAGCGACCAUUCAGUUGGACUGUCUGUGGACACCAUAUGGAACGUCAUUGUUCACCCUGCGCAUUCUUUUGCCAACUUUGGGCUGCUCUUUUCGUCACUCAAUGCAGGUAAAUUUCAUACUUUUCCAUGCUAUAAAAUAUGUUAUAAUAAAAAAACAAGUCAGGUCACUCUAUUAAGAGAUUUUCUCUGACAUGGGUGAAUGCCUCAUAACCUGUUGUAAAAUGGAUUUUGAGUAACUUGGCAUCACUCCUCCUGAAUGCAGAAGCUCGGCUUUCGUCUUUGGGUUGCGACAACUAUGUGGCUUCCAGCUGUAAAAGUGAACAGCUUGUGAAUGUUUCCCUUGCCGGUAAAGGUGCAGUCUGGAGUCAACAUCUCCAAUAAGUCCAUUACGUCAGGCUGAGCCAACCACCCUUUGUAAAUGAUAUCGUCCUUGAUGUGUAGCGCACUGUAUGACACAGUGGCAGUAUUUAGCUGGAUGCAGCUGAAUGCAAAAUGUAAAAAAAAAAAAAAAAAAAAAAAAAAGUUUUUCUUAGUUGCUACAGUGUGUGGGGGUUGGGAUCGGCACCUCUGUGUUGGUAGUCUGGUGAAGGUCAAGAAUUGAUUUACUAGAAAUCUGUUUUAUAUGCCCUUCAAGACCGAACCGUCUACACCUUUAAACCGUUUGUGGCAUUUAUGGUUUUAAGUUGAUUGACUAGCCAAGCAGCAGUUUGUGUUCGUGUGCACAGUGUGCAUCUGUUUUGGAAAAUACCGUUCAGACUGAAAUGAAACAUCAGCGGCUUGUUCUUGUAAUUACAUAUGUCAAAAUGAUCAGAAUUUGUGUGACAAGAUUUGUUCUGUAAAACCUGCAUAUGAAUGUUUGUAUUCUCCCCAUGUUCAGUGUCAAUGCCACCUCUAACAUAUGUAUAUAGUAGUUCUCUCCGUGAAUGUCAGCCAUGUACAGUAUUUGGAUCAGCUCUAAACCGAUCAGCAAUACUUAUACCCCACUGUGAAUGUUAACGGUUGUAAAACAUUGUCUUUCCCCCCUCUAAAGCUCAUCCUAAAGUGCAAAUAUUGAUGUAGAAAUUGUAGCUAUCGUAGAAUAAGAUGAAAGCAGUAGGUUUCUAUUAAUCAUUAAUUUGGCUGUGAAGCAGUGGAGUUCAGCCUAUGACUCGAACUUCAAUGUGCCACAUGUAGAUGUAAGCAAGUAAGGCUAUACAUUUUCUAUAAGCAUUGCAAGACAAGCAAACGUACCAAAAUUUGACACUGAAGCAAAGAUUAGCAACAUUGACAGGGCCGCGUGGUCACCUUUUUCAAUUGAUGAUUACUGAACCAGCUAUACAGACAAUCCUGCAGUUUGGGUUUUAUUUUUGUAUUCACUGUGUUUAUUGUGGAUGUAGUGCCACAUGGUCCAGAAGAGCUGAUUGUACACAAAUGCAUUGUUUGUAUCUUCUUUUACUGUCUUUUUUCUUCUCUUAAUGUGUGUGUUAGUAAGGUGUUUGCUAUUAAACGAUCCUUUAUAGACAGAA